AUGGCAAUCAGGAAGUUCAGAGGAUUGGUUCACAAGCGGACCAAGAAGUUCCGCCGCUUCCAGUCGGACCGCUUCAAGCGCGUCAAGGAGAGCUGGAGGAAGCCCAAGGGUAUUGACUGCAGGGUCAGACGUCGUUUCAAGGGUACCGUGCUUACCCCUAAAAUCGGAUAUGGCACUGACAAGAGGACCCGCCACAUGCUUCCCAGCGGCUACUACAAAGUUGUGGUCAACAACCCCGCGGAAGUCGAUGUGCUGUUGAUGCACAACAAGACGCACAUUGCCGAGAUCGCACACAGCGUCUCCGCUAAGAAGCGCAGGGUCAUCAUCGACCGCGCCAAGAAGCUCGGCGUUAAGGUCACCAACGCCGGUGCCAGGCUCAGGGUAGAAGAGAGGGAAUAA